CUCCUCAGGGUUCUGCAAGAUGUGAUGCGUUGUGGUGCAUCAGAUAAUGGAUGAAUGCUUUUGUUGAUCCCCUCCUGGCCAAGGGAUCCUGGAACUUUCUGCCUAUUUUGUGGGAGGCCCACAUGAUUACAGGACCAAAAGACAGCUCAAACUUCAGAUUCAUGCGUUGGAUUGCACAGACUGAGUGUCAGAUAGUUCUUGACACUUAAAACGGCCUGCUUUUUCUCCAUUCUUUCAAACUCCAGCAGCAAGGUGAGAAGAACUGCGAUUCUGGGACGUAUGCAAAGCCUCUGUACCUGUAAGCCUGCAAAGAGAAUACCAGUUUCUGAGAGGAACAGCAAAGAAAUUUAACUGCAAAAACUGAUGGACCAUUGCAUCUUCCAAAAUGAGCCUUUUCACAUGUUUCUACUGGAAGCUAGAAUGUUGUGAAGAGAAAAGAAUUCAGUGCUGGACUGUCUUGAACAUUACUCAUGGUGCAACUUCAGAGAGCAGCUUGAUUUAUCUGACUUGAAGAGGAGGCACAUGUGCAGUAAGCCAAGAGGACAUGGGCUUUCAGUGCAUCUGGAAAAAUGAUCAGGUACUGGGUCCUCGUGUCACUAAUUCUCUAAGUACCAACUCUGACCAUCUCCUUGAUGCACACUCACGGCAUCAUGGCCAGUACUCAGGAGCGCCUGAGCUUGUCUUCCUCUCCAAACUCGAUCGGCAAAGCUUUCUGUGAAGAUAAAGACUUUGGUAGGAUACAAGAUGAACAUGGACCUACUGGAAACCACCCGUCCCCUGAGCUCAUAGAGGAUGUGCGUGAGAAGGGCUUGCUGCAGGCAGACCUCAUCGAGAACAUGAGCAGCCCGGUCACUGCAGCAGUGCUGACCAGCAUCAGCGAGGACUCUAGGGACCAAUUUGAGAACAGCGUGCUGCAGCUGCGGGAGCAGGAUGAAUCUGAAGCAGCCAUUCCUCAGGGCAACAGGAGCACUAUGGAUGGGGAGAGCAACAGUGGAGCAGAUGACGUCAAAGUCCAGUUCAACAGAUCAGGCAGUGGGAGCGGUGGGUUUCUCGAGGGACUCUUUGGUUGUCUGAGGCCCGUGUGGAACAUCAUAGGCAAAGCGUACUCCACAGACUACAAACUGCAACAGCAAGAUACCUGGGAGGUCCCAUUCGAGGAGAUCUCGGAGCUGCAGUGGCUGGGCAGUGGUGCUCAAGGAGCCGUCUUCCUGGGCAAAUUCCGGGCGGAGGAGGUGGCCAUCAAGAAAGUGAGAGAUCAGAACGAAACGGAUAUCAAGCACCUGCGGAAACUCAAACAUCCUAACAUCAUUGCCUUCAAGGGAGUUUGCACUCAAGCCCCAUGCUACUGUAUCAUCAUGGAGUAUUGUGCACAUGGACAGCUCUACGAAGUCUUGCGAGCAGGCCGGAAAGUCACUCCUCGGCUGCUUGUGGAUUGGUCCACUGGGAUCGCUAGUGGGAUGAAUUAUCUGCACCUUCACAAGAUCAUCCAUCGAGACCUCAAGUCACCAAAUGUUUUAGUUACACACACAGAUGCAGUUAAAAUCUCAGAUUUUGGUACAUCUAAAGAACUUAGUGAUAAAAGUACAAAAAUGUCUUUUGCGGGAACUGUGGCUUGGAUGGCCCCAGAGGUGAUACGCAAUGAGCCCGUCUCCGAAAAAGUGGAUAUCUGGUCGUUUGGGGUAGUUUUAUGGGAGCUGCUAACAGGAGAGAUUCCCUACAAGGAUGUGGACUCCUCAGCCAUCAUUUGGGGAGUGGGCAGUAACAGCCUGCAUCUUCCUGUUCCUUCCACCUGCCCGGACGGCUUCAAAAUCCUCAUGAAGCAGACCUGGCAGAGCAAGCCCCGGAAUCGUCCCUCCUUCCGACAGACACUGAUGCACCUGGAUAUUGCAUCUGCCGAUGUGCUGGCUACUCCUCAGGAAACCUAUUUCAAAUCACAGGCUGAAUGGAGAGAAGAAGUGAAGAAGCAUUUUGAGAAGAUUAAAAGCGAAGGAACUUGUAUCCACCGGCUAGAUGAAGAAUUGAUUCGUCGUCGAAGAGAAGAGCUGAGACAUGCGUUGGAUAUCCGCGAGCACUACGAGAGGAAGCUGGAGCGAGCCAAUAACUUAUACAUGGAGCUCAGCGCUAUUAUGCUGCAGCUGGAGGUCCGUGAGAAGGAGCUCAUAAAGAGGGAACAAGCAGUGGAAAAGAAAUAUCCUGGGACUUAUAAACGCCACCCAGUCAGACCAAUAAUCCACCCCAAUACAGUGGAGAAGCUGAUGAAGAGGAAAGGGGUCUCCCAUAAACCAGGCAGCCAGACCAAACGGCCAGAUCUACUGAAGUCAGAGGGCAUACCCAGCACAGAAGCAGCAUCUAAUGGCUCACCAGUCUCAGGAAGUCCCAAAAUGUCAACACUGAGUGGCAAAAGUCGCUACCGCAGUAAGCCACGUCACCGCCGAGGGAACAGCAAAGGCAGCUACAACGAUUUUGCAGGGAUCUUGAAAAACCAGCCAGUGCAAGAUGAUGCACCCCCACCUCCACCUCAUAAUCAUUCUCAUCCUCCUGGUCUACCGCAGCAACAUGGCCACGGCCAUCCCCAUGGCCAUCACUCACGGCUUCAUGCCCAUGGACAAGAUAUUGCCAACUGUGCAAACAACUUAAGGUACUUUGGCCCCGCAGCAGCGCUGCGGAGCCCUCUCAGUAACCACGCGCAAAGGCGGAUGUCUGGUUCCAGCCCUGAUCUCAUCUCCACUGCCAUGGAAGCAGAUUGCCGAAGGAAUCUGGAGAGCAAAGAAAGCAAAGCUGAUCAUUGGGAGUGUUGCAAAACAGAUCCAUAUAAUUCCUGUCUUCAGUGCAGGGACGAGGACAGUGGUCAGGUACAGAUGUCAUCUGUUGAAACAGGAAUGAGCCAUUCUCAAUCACCAUCCGUUUCCCUAUAUGAAAACGCGCAGUACAUUGAGAAGAUGGAGGAAGAGGGCUUCAGCAACGGUACAUCAGCGUCUGCUCUAGGCACACCCCAGCACAUGGCUUCCUCAGUGCUACCAUGCAAAGCAAGACCCAUUCAGAAGAGUGGUGAUGAGUCCUCAGAAGAGGAAGAGGGCGAAGUAGACAGUGAAGUGGAGUUUCCUCGUAGACAAAGACCUCACCGCUGUAUUAGUAGCUGCCAGUCUUACUCAACCUUCAGCUCGGAGAACUUUUCUGUGUCAGACGGAGAGGAGGGGAACACCAGCGAUCAUUCGAACAGCCCGGAUGAGCUGGCCACCAAGCUGGAAGACGAGCUGGCUGAGAAGCUGGAGGACAUGUUGUCCCAGACUCCAGAGAUCCCCAUUGAAAUCUCCACCCAGUCUGAUGGGCUUUCAGACAAAGAGUGCGCUGUGCGGAGAGUCAAGACUCAGAUGUCUCUGGGCAAACUUUGUGCAGAUGAACACAGCUGUGAGAACCCAGCACAGUUUGGAGAAUCAGACUGUGACUCUUCCGAAGGGGAGUGUUCUGAUGCCACAGUCAGGACCAAUAAGCCCUGCAGCUCUGCUACUUGGAAGAGAAGAUGUUUCUCCUUCCCACCCCAGGAGUGAUCUGCAAUAACCCGAAUCUCUGGAAAAUGUCCAAAUGAAAUUAAUUCUCUUUGAGCAUUUCAAUCAAGAAUGGCAGGGAUGUAUUUUAUUGAAUAAUCUAGUUACUGUAACAUGGAUAUUUAUUUUUUUGACAUUUUAACACUUUUUACUGUAAAGAGUGGAUUGUAUUUAUAGACACAGAGACUCGUUGCAAAAAAAAAAAGUUCAGAAAGCAAGCACAUUACAGAGAAACAUCCUGGGAGUCCUGCCUGGACAGCUUUGUGUACAAAUGCGGGGCGAUUCUCUUGCUGCUUUCACAGGGGACCAGGCCAUGUGGCCCUGAAGAUUGGAGAACAGAUCAAGAAAACUAAACCACUCAGUCUUAUCAAAUGAGGAAGCAUAAAAAGACCUUACUAUAAGGUAACCUGUGAACAAAGCGAAUUCAGUAUAACCAGCUGGGUCAUUUUUUAAUCAGAAGGUGGACAUGUUCCUGGAGAAAACUGGUACUGAGGUGCUAACAUCCAGGGUCUUCUGAGUCAAUACAUCCCCAGGAAUGUAAUAGUGGGUUUUAUUUUAAAGAUUUUUAGUUUCUUUUUUAAUCAACAUUUUGUUGUGAGAUCCUGCAAAUGUAUUCUAACCUCGUCCUCUCAAGAAUUGGUAUAAGAGCACUUCUUAACAUCAUCCUUGCUUCACUCUGGCAGUGUCGAUCUCCAGUUGAGCAGGGAAGCCUCUUUCAGACGCAGUGUGCCAUUUCCCAGUUUACUUCCUCCUCUUACCUCCUGUCUCAGUCAGUUAAAGAAAUCAAUCAAAUCAGUGUUGGAAAAGCAAGAACUCGCAAAUCGUGGAAAGCACAUUCUGCAGAGCCCGAGCACUCUUCUGGGGAGGAAACUGGAGAUGCCUGUACUGGACUUGGAGAAGCAGUCUCUCACCUACAACAGCAUCGAUAACCAGCAGAGAGCUGUGUGUCGAGGGGGAAGACCGGGAAUCGCUGGCCUAGAUAGGAGCAUCAGCCCUGCUCUGUCUCCUUCCUCACUGUAUGUUCCUGAAAGCAUUAACAGCUGCCUGCCCUUCAUGUCAGGCUUGUGCAAAACAGGUUGCACAGGGAACCUCGAGGGUGGCUGUGGCACAGCUGUGUCUCGGGUGUACCCUGAGGCCUCUGUUUCUCCUUCAAGCUGAAAUUCGACAGGUGAAAGUGAGGAUAGUACUGGUAUGUGACAGGCCGAGGCAUUGGCAGAUGAGAAAAUUUGUUUUCUGAUUAGAACUCAUAGUGCCUUCCCUUCAAACACUACUCUUCUAAAUCAAUAUUUAAAGAGAACAAAAUGAUAGAGCACGUCCUCCCCCAUCCCCCCUACCCCCUAGUUGAUGCCCCCUUACAAGAGCUUUCACUCUGCCCUUCGUAGCGUGCCGGCUGACACGGCCGUGCCACGCGCGUGGCCACGCUGCUGGGUGCUGCCCUGCAGCCUGGCACACCAGCCUGAGGUGAACGGCAGGAAUGGACCAUGGACAGGUACUUCUGUUGCUUUGUUUGUUUACAUUUUAUGUUAAAAUAUUGGUUUGCAUUUAACUGUGGUAAUUUAUAGCCUCAUGGCAAAAUGAAGGAAAAUGUCUUAUACAGAGAGCAGUAUUGUAUGAGUUAAAUUAUCCCAUAUUUUUAAAUUUUCGUAGCUGGACUACACACAGAUCUUAAGUUAUGAUGUUAUUUUAUUAUUUAUUAUCAUUUCUGUAGAUCAGAAGGUUGGCUUCACUGCUAGCACAAUUGUAAUCUGUUUGUGUGACGUUACCUUCUCCCCGGUCACGGCGGGAGAUGGGAGCAGAGCUGGUCUCAGUGGCUGUCAGUAGUUGCUGCCUCCUGUGAUUUCCAGGGAUGCUGUUAUGCUGGGGCCGAGAACCUGCUGGGGCUGGUCUGAGAGGGAUGGGUGCAGGCAGCCCCGCGGGCCCUGUGAUAUUCCUCAUGGUGAUGCCGCGAUUUGCUCGCGUUGGUGGUCCCUGAGCUGGUGGGGAAUGGUGAUCAGGGAACGGGGGGCUCCGUAUUGAUGGCAAAGUAACCGGCCUUCGUGAGAUCCUCUGGCAAGAGCACCCAGAAGGACAGGCAGAGGAGGGCGAUUGCUGCGGGCAGCAGGUGCAGGAUCGGGGCGGCCAGCAGUGGAUCCCUGUGGUGGAUCACCAGUGCAGGACCAAAAGGCAGCUGAAGCGAACAGGGAGCGAGCAGCUCUCCCCUUCCUGCUGCAGCAAUACUCAGCUCAGGGCAGAGGCAGAAGGUGGAGGGGAGCGAAACUUCUCUGGUUUGUUUCUGGUUUCCUCUCCCCAUCACUCAUUCUUCCACCCAAAUAUUCUCUCUUGGCCAGCAGCAUGAGGAGGCGGCGGGGCCAGAGGUGGCUUUGCUGUUGUGGUGUGGGAGAGGUGCUGCGGGUGGCGGCUCAGCCAGCUGGAGGGCAGGGCCUGGGAAUUUAGUGGUGUGGGAUUGUGCACGUAACAUGUGCACGCAGAGAUCCAGCUAUCCCCUAGGGCUGCCCCUUCCUUGAGUAAACGUGACCCCCGGCCUUCCCCUGCGCACACCUCGUGCUCUCAGCUGCGUGUGGGCAGCGGUUCUGCCGAGGGUUAUGCUGGCACUGCUUCGUGAAACUCGCCCAGCUCUGCGCGCAGACGUGUUGCUGCGCGGGUCCCUCUGCUGCGGUUCCUUGCACUUUCUCUCCUGGCAGCAUACGGGGCUGAGAUGCACAGACCUGCCCGCUUCCUCCUCGCCGUAACGCCUCGUUGGCGGGACAGAAGUAAACUGUGGGUUCCCUUUUCAGCAUCCUGACUUCCCUGAUGCAGUUCUCGUGGCUGCUGACAGCUCCUGAACACUAGCCUAGAUUUUCUCCCAGAGCUGAAUGUUGCCUUCCCCGGUGUCGUGUUAAGUAACCAUUUCAUCUUGGCCCUGUCCAGUAGUGUUCAUCUCUCUCCUCCCUGCUCUGCGGAUUCCUGAUACAAACUUGAUUUUUUUUGUAUUGAACAGUGUACAGUGAUGGAAACAAGAAUGACUAUCAAAGCAAACAAUGCAUGGAAUAAAAAGCCAGUGUACUUCAA